CCUGUGAGCCCUGCGUUCAGCUGAGAGCGGACACGACAGAGCAGACAGCACCAUGACUGCACCCAGCAACACCUACGAUGUGAUAGUAGUCGGCGGAGGAAUAUCAGGUUUGAGUGCAGCAAAGCUGUUGAAAUCCAGUGGACUAAACCCCGUAGUCCUCGAGGCCAGGAAUCGGGUUGGUGGUCGCACCUUCACUGUGCAGAAUAAGGAGACAAAGUGGGUUGACCUGGGUGGGGCUUACGUCGGGCCAACCCAGAACCGCAUCCUCCGACUGGCACACGAGUACGGUGUAAAGACCUACAAAGUCAACGAGCAAGAAAACCUGGUGCAUUAUGUUAAUGGAAAGUCUUACCCAUUUAAAGGCUCCUUCCCUACCAUGUGGAACCCUUUUGUCAUGUUGGAUUUCAACAACCUGUGGAGGACAAUAGACAUGAUGGGCAAGGAGAUUCCCAGAGAGGCUCCCUGGAGAGCUCCCCAUGCUGAGGAGUGGGACAAGAUGUCCAUGCUGGAGCUCCUUGAAAAAAUCUGCUGGACCAGGACUGUUCGUCAGUUCGCCACACUGUUUGUCAACGUGAACGUGACCUCCGAGCCUCAUGAGGUGUCAGCUCUGUGGUUCCUGUGGUAUGUGAAACAAUGUGGAGGAGUCAUGAGGAUUUUCUCCACCACUGACGGAGGACAGGAGAGGAAGUUUGUAGGUGGCUCCAGUCAGAUCAGUGAGUGCAUGGCCAGGGAGCUGGGUGACCUAGUGAAGCUGCAGUCCCCAGUCUACAGUAUCGACCAGACUGGAGACAUGGUGGUGGUGGAGACAUUGAACAAACAGACCUACAAAGCCAAGUAUGUGAUUGUGGCUACCCCUCCCGGUCUGAAUCUGAAGAUGCACUUUAACCCUGAGCUUCCACCACUAAGAAACCAGCUGAUUCACCGUGUCCCCAUGGGCUCUGUCAUCAAGUGCAUGGUGUACUACAAAGAGAACUUCUGGAGGAAAAAGGGUUUCUGUGGCAGUAUGGUGAUUGAGGAUGAGGAUGCUCCCAUUGGCCUGACAUUGGAUGACACAAAGCCUGAUGGGACUGUACCUGCCAUUAUGGGAUUCAUCCUCGCCCGCAAGUGCAGAAAGUUGACAGGGUUGACCAAGGAUGAGAGGCUGAAGAAGAUCUGUGAGAUCUACUCCAAAGUGCUCGGCUCAGAAGAGGCCUUGCAUCCGGUGCAUUAUGAGGAGAAGAACUGGUGUGAAGAGGAGUACUCUGGAGGCUGCUACACAGCCUAUUUUCCCCCAGGAAUCCUUACUCAGUAUGGCAAGGUUCUGAGGGAGCCGGUUGGCAGGCUGUACUUUGCAGGCACGGAGACAGCCACAGAAUGGAGUGGCUACAUGGAGGGGGCAGUGCAGGCCGGAGAGAGAGCCGCCAGAGAGGUCAUGUGUGCGAUGGGUAAAAUCCACCAGAGUCAGAUCUGGCAGAUGGAGCCUGAGCGUGCGGAAGUCCCAGCACGUUACUUUCACACCACGUUCUGGGAGAGGAAUUUGCCUUCAGUUGGUGGUUUCCUCAAGUUCGUUGGAGUCUCCACCUUCCUGUGUGCUGCCACUGCGUCUGGCCUGAUGGCCUACAAGAAGGGCCUCAUCCCGCGAAGUUAAACUGCCUGCACUCAUUAUCUUAUUAGACACUGUACUGUUAUAGCGCACUACUUUACUAAGUAGUAAACUAUAUAUAGUAUAGGAUGUUUUCGAUAAACACCUUGCUGUAAGACAGAAUGUUCAGUUCACACAAAACACUAAUGCACCAUCAAGAAAUAGUGAUGGGCUCACUGAAAGUUAAGAGAUGCUAGUUUUAGAGGAGUAAAGAAGUGAAUGAAGGAAACAAAUGGAAUCAAUACUUAGAAGGAAAAAAUAAAAAUCUAUCACUAUUAAUAUUCCAUAUAUUGCCAAUGACAUUCACAUUACUGAUUAUAUUUGAGUUAAUUUACUCAUCCUGCCUCUGUGUGUGUAUGCGCACAUGCUUUGGUGAGCAUGCGUUUGUGGGUGAGUUUGUCAGUUGUGUACAAAGUUUUUGUAUGUGUGUGUGUGUGUGUGUGUAUGUGUGUGUGUGUCCAGUGUCUAACUACCUGUGCUGAUUUUAGGUGCUGAUUUACUCUAGCCGAGCAGCUGUAGCUGUUUGAUGAGAUGCAGCAGCUUCAGAAUGCGGUUGUGCCCUUGGCCGUUACAAAAAUCACAGAGGAGUUCGAAGGAUAAGGCUUGUGAUAUUCUGUGUAUUUCUUAUUCGUCUCAACAAAUCCAUCAAAAGACCAAAACCAACAAUGAAUUGAAUUUUUAUAAAGUACUGUCAGCGUAACUUAAGGCUGACACAGCUUACUGUUCUGUGCCGUUGACCUCUGUUGUUGUUUGACUAUAUAUUAUUAAUCUACCAUACCCCCCAAGCUGCUUGUUUUAAGGUGUGUUCACACUGAACAAAAAGUCAAAUAUUUGUGCAGACUUGUGUUUUUGCAAUUCGUGUGUAUUCUCCCCCAGCAGCCAAAGAAACUGCGCUUUUAUGUUAGCUAUGUAGCUAGCUAACAUAUGCACUGCGUGUGCAGCAUGGCUGUUUUUAUGAGCUUUAUUCUCAAAGGUCCCUCAGCUCCCUCUCCUUUUCCCCUCUUUUAUCACUAUACCUCGAGAUGAGUUCAAAUCAAAGUUCAAAAAACAUUUUCAACUUAUAUGGACACAUCAGUUCAGUUUUAUUCAGAAAUCUAAGAAUCGAAAUUUGCCUCACAUGGCUUUACAAUUUCUCCAGUCCACCUUCUAUCUGAGAACCUUAACUGACACUAGUGCACCGGAUCCACAGCUGAAAAAAAAACAUACUAUAAAUUUGUAACACGUUUUUAAAGAUUUACUUUAAUUGCAAACCAACCAUAGCAGCUAGACUAUGUAACAGAGUAGGUACAUGAGUGGGUAAUUCAUUGUUGGUUUACAUUAUAUUUGUUGACAAUGUGAAAAAGCCUUAUCCUUCAAUUAACGUGUACUUAGGAGUAAAGUUCUGCUGCUAAGCUACUCUGUACGGUUAUCUUUUUGUAAUGGAAGCAUUUGAAUGUAUUUUCUCCAGACCAGAUAACACAAGCUGUUUGUUGCUGUAUCAUGGAUCAUCAGAUUUUUUUUGAUAUAUUUCUAAUUUUUAUCAUUCAUUCAUAGUGUAGAUUAACACAAAAGCCACAUACUACGUUUAAACAAAAGACAAACAAAACGGAUGUGUGUUUUAUUAUUAGGAGCCAUUUAAGAGUCAUCCUCCAUAGGAAGAUGUGGCCAACCUGCACUUCCUUUGUGAAGGAAGUUCACUGUUGUGUUAGUGUUAGUGAGUCAACUGACUUGCAUUAUUGCGCUUAUCAGUUAAUUCAUUGUAUUAUAUACUUACUUUGUACAAUUUUAACUAAUCUAAUGAAUUUAAAUCAUACAAGAUGUAGUUUGUGUUUUGUCAGAAAAGUUUGAUUUGUCAAAGAGUCAAGAAAAAAAAAACAAAAAAAAACAGAUGACUAAAUGAGGGAUUGUUCCCAGAAAUACUCUGCAGAGCUGGGAAACCACCGAUGGACACAGCUGACAACUUGCUAAUUGUUGGCCACAUUGAAAACACUUCAACGGCAGUCCGCGUUGAGUGAAGAAAACGAAUCAACACGCGACUGAAUCUGAAGGAGUUUUGUUAGUGCAUCUGUUUUAAAGAGCGUUGUGCUGUGUGUGCAGCUCGGUAUGUAAACUGUUCUAGUUCCAAAGACUGGUGUGUGUGUAUGUGUGCAUGCGUGCGUGCGUGUGUGUGUUUUGUGUGUAUCUGUUGUGCCUUAAUGGUAGUCGUAGUGUUUUUGUCAUUUCUCUAAAGUGCCUGUGUGACUCUGACACUCUCUGUCCUUACUUCGCCCCUCUUCUGCCUGCAAUGGAGGCGAGAUGUCAGAUGGACCAGGUCGUUGGUUUAAUGCGUCACCAGUAACCAUCAAAUUAAAGGGAGAAGCAAAACAAUUUCAUGUCCCUCUUAAUGUGUCCAAACGCUUUUAUUUUCUAACAUUCCGUGUAUUACCUGAGUAACAACCUUAGUACAAAAUAGACUCAGGUAAAGCUGGGUGUACACACACAGUGUCAGCUCUGAAUAAUGAAGCUCAGACUGUUGUGUUGAUCAAACUACUUCUCUCCAAUGAAGCCAUGUGUGUGUGUGUGUGUGUGUUUUGUAUUGUGAUUUUGGCACUUCGCUCAUCGUUUUCCCGUUGUUGUGGUUCCCUUGUGUCUCUCUAGCUGCUUAACUCCGCUCUGUGUGCACAACCCUUUGACCCUCCAGCCCCUCACCCACCCUUUCACCCCAGCACAUGUACCAGUUUAGCAUUCGCCCAGGUCAACUUCAGAACUAAUGGUUGGACGAUGAUGUGGCUCACAUUUAAACGCACCGCUGAAAGCGUUAAUGUUUCUGACUUCAGUGAACAAACAUCCAGCAUACUCCGUCCGAAGUACUACUUCCAAAGUACUGUACUAACACCAUGAGCAGACAUAAUGUGUGCUUAUUCAUAAUCUGACCCUUCAAUGUUUUCUGGAGACCUUUGACUGUUCCUCCAUUCGUCUUGUCCCUCUGUGCAUUUGAGCCUCCUUGAUUGCUCCUGUGACCAAUUAUAAUUGUCUUUAAUUCCUCAAACAAAGCUGGUGAUAUGUAAAAUUAAAAAAAUGUGAAAUAAAUCUUUUACUCAUCUUAAACCA